GAGUUCGGUGUCCAGAGGAUUCGCUCCGACGCCAAAAGCGAUUGCACCGUCCCCUCUUCCUGUGAGACGGUCGGUGCCUUAGCAACUAAACCUAGCAACUAGGGAAUCCUCGAGUGUUGCGGAUCUCGGCUGAGGGGCCUUGGAAACCUUGCGCUCACAACGCGCAGUUUCCAGCCUCCUGGGCAAGGGAACAGUAUCCUCCCUUGCCUGGGAUUCUGGAACCAUUUCAUUCUGGUGAAAGUAAGAGGCAGCUUGGGACCAGCAGCCUUUCGCGGAGAAAAGUCUGACAUGCCCAUCCUAUGUGACAGGCCGCGCCUUGUGGCAUGUGGGAUCUUAGUUCCCCAACCAGGGAUCAGGGAUGGAAACCGAGCCCCCUGCCUUGGGAGCAUGGUGUCUUAACCACUGACUGCCAGAUUGCUGAAGCUAAAAGAGAUGUUUAAUUCUAAGUUUGGAUCCGUUCCCAAGUUUUAUGUUCGAGCACCAGGAAGAGUCAAUAUCAUAGGAGAGCAUAUAGAUUACUGUGGAUAUUCUGUUCUUCCUAUGGCUGUAGAACAAGAUAUGUUAAUAGCUGUGGAACCUGUGAAAACACACGUUCUCCAGCUGGCCAAUACCAAUCCCUUGUACCUGGACUUCAGUACUAGUGCUAAUAACAUCCAGAUUGACAAAACCAAGCCUCUGUGGCACAACUAUUUCUUAUGUGGAUUUAAAGGAAUUCAGGAACACUUUGGUCUUAGUGACGUGACUGGAAUGAAUUGCUUGGUAGAUGGAAACAUCCCACCGAGUUCUGGCCUCUCCAGCUCCAGUGCUUUGGUCUGUUGCGCUGGCUUGGUGACACUCACAGUGCUGGGCAUGAACCUAUCCAAGGUGGAACUUGCAGAAAUCUGCGCCAAGAGUGAGCAUUACAUUGGCACUGAAGGAGGAGGGAUGGACCAGUCCAUAUCAUUUCUUGCAGAAGAAGGAACUGCCAAGUUGAUAGAAUUUAGUCCUCUGAGGGCAACUGAUGUGAAACUCCCAAGUGGAGCAGUGUUUGUGAUUGCCAACAGUUGUGUGGAAAUGAAUAAAGCAGCAACUUCUCAUUUCAAUAUCAGGGUGAUGGAGUGUCGGCUGGCUGCAAAGCUCCUGGCUAAGCACAAAUGCUUGCCACAGGAGGAAGUAUUGCGGCUGGAGGAGGUGCAGGCCAAGCUGGGGGUCAGUCUGGAAGAAAUGUUGUUGAUCACAGAAGAUGCCCUUCACUCUGAACCCUAUAGCCCUGAGGAGAUCUGCAGGUGUCUGGGAAUUAGCCUGCAGGAACUCAAGACCCAAAUCCUGAGUCCAAGCACUCAAGACGUGCUCAGCUUCAAACUCUACCAGCGGGCAAAGCACGUGUACAGCGAGGCUGCGAGAGUGCUCCAGUUUAAGAAGAUAUGUGAAGAAGCACCUGACAACACGGUCCAGCUGCUGGGGGAGUUAAUGAACCAGAGCCACGUGAGCUGCCGGGACAUGUACGAGUGUAGCUGCCCUGAGCUGGACCAGCUGGUGGACAUCUGUCGGAAAUCUGGGGCUCAAGGAUCACGACUUACUGGAGCAGGCUGGGGAGGCUGCACAGUAUCGAUAGUACCUGCUGACAAGCUGUCCAGCUUCCUAGCAAAUGUGCACGAAGCUUAUUACCAGAGGAGCAAUCGAAGCUUAGUUCCUGAGAAGCAGAGUUUGUUUGCUACCAAACCUGGAGGUGGAGCUUUGGUUUUCCUUGAGGCCUAAACAAUGUAAAAAAAUCUCCAAGAAACUAUUUAGAGCAUUUAGGAACUGGCAGGACUUCUAUGCCACAGCAAAUUAAUCCUCUUUCUGUUUUGUAUUAUGAUGAACAGUUGCUAUUAUCAAGAUGUAUUUCCAAAGAAAUGGUUGAAAGCUCCCUAUGCUUCACAAUGAUUAUUUUUCCAUCUUAAAAUAUGUUUUCUACCAAUAAGAGCCAAAAUUAUGCUUGGACAGAUCUCUUAAGAUAAUUUACUGGAUUUAUUGAUUUCAAGAUUUUUAAAAACAAAUGGUAAAAGACCAUCAAUACUGACCUCAUGGACUGUACUUGAAUUAAACAUACAUUCUUAA